AUGGCCAUCAAUCAACCAAGCAUCGAGCAGCGUGGCGGGGAAAUCCUCAAUGUUUUUAACAAGACGUUUGGAGACCUUCUCGCCAGGGACCCUGCUGCAUUCCAGGUCAAAUUCCGCAAGAUGGCCGCCUCGGCGUUUGCCUUCUAUCGGGGUAGCGCUUGUCUCUUCUACCAUGACAUCGAGCAGGAGCAGCAUGUCGGCCCCUUCUUAGAUAAUAAAACAAAGCGAAUCUGGAUCCAUGGUGAUUUGCACGCAGAGAACUUUGGCACCUACAUGGAUUCUCAGGGUCGUCUAAUCUUCAACGUGAACGAUUUUGACGAGGCCUAUGUUGGCCCCUUUAUCUGGGACAUCAAGCGCUUUGUAGCCUCAAUCGCCCUAAUCGGUUACACGAAAGCUCUCAGUGACCAACAGAUCACCCGACUCGUGAAGGUGUACACCGCAGCGUACCGCGAGCGUGUUCAUACUUUAGCCACUUGCACAAACCAACAUGAGGUGCCACACUUUACCCUAGAUACCGCCAAGGGUCCGUUGCUUGAUGCCUUACGUUCAGCCCGUACACAAACACGUGUCGAUUUGCUCUGCUCGAUGACGGAAGUCCAUGAUUCCGAGCGACGCUUUACCUUAGGCGGUGGCUCAAUUGAGCUGAGCUCUGCCACACGAGAGAAAGUCGAGGAUGCAUUCAACCGCUAUCUCGAGACACUUCCUAAGUCAAGGGAUGACUGCGCCAGCAUGUACCGCAUCAAGGAUGUAGUGGGGCGUCGAGGUGUGGGUAUUGGCUCUGCAGGUCUCCCAUCAUUCAAUUUCCUACUGGAAGGCAAGAGCGAGGCGCUGGAGAAUGACGUGGUGAUCUACAUGAAGCAGUCCGCGGCUGCAGCCGUCUCCCAGCACGUCGAUAACGCGCCCAACGCCUACUUCCACCACGAGGGUCACCGUACUGUCAUCUCGCAGCGCGCUCUGCAGGCGCAAGCGGACGCAUGGCUCGGUUGGACUGAGAUAGAUGGUGUAGGUCAGCUGGUGGCAGAGGUUUCACCUUACGCGGUGGACCUAGACUGGUCCGAUAUCAACGAUCUGGAGGAGAUGGCGGCAGUGGUUGCUGACCUUGGUACUGCCACUGCCAUGAUGCACGGGGCUGGAGACGAUAAUGCCAGAUACUCAAAACUGGUGCCAUUUUCUCCUGAGAAAGCCAUUGAUGAAGCUAUAAUGGCCGAUGAGGUCCGCUUUGUGGAUGUCCUUGUAGGAUUUGCGCAUGAGUACAGCGCCCAGACACGGCGAGACCAUCAUAUAUUUGUGGAUCUUUUCCGCAAUGGUCGUAUUCCAGGCCUGCCUGUUGAUGGCGAAAAUUGA